AUGAUCAUGGCAAACAGUAGUUACUCGUACGUAUAUCAGUUUGAUGGCGAUGAUGGUUACGGGUUUGCUUCACCCGCCAAUGACGACGAGCCGGUGGACUUGGUAUCGUUGUUUAAUACGAUUGGGGAGAAAUCCCGCGGCGACCAUUCGGAGAAUGGGCUGGCUGAUCCUUCAUCAACUACUAUACCCUGUAGUGAGUUGGCUUCACAUGGUGCUAAUGAGCACUCUGAAACCCACAAUGGUUCACUUGCAUUUCCCCUUUUGCGUUACUCAGAAGCCUCAACUUCAAGAACUUUCUGUUCAAGUGAUUCAUCUAUUACUGAUAAACUUACAUUUAAUUUUGGCUAUGAAAAGCUGGAAUCUGAAUUUCAUCCAGAUGUUUUUCCAGCACAUGUUAGUUCUUGGUUAGCAACUCAUGGAGGUACAGAUACUCAAGAUUUUAUGUCAUUUAGCCAGCAUGCCAUUAAAGAAACUUACUUCGAGAGAGAUAAUAGGAAUGAUGUUUUUGGGUUUACUACUAUUAGAAAUGAUAAUCAUCAACUGAUGGAUAAUUAUGAGAUAACUGAUGGAAUAUUUGACGAUUCAGUUGGAAACAGUUUAUUAGAGGCCUCUGUCAACAUGGAAUCCCAAUUCAUGGAUCUUAGUAUGUAUCCUGACAUUCUCCAUGAUCCCAAUGACGAGUUUUGUAUGCCAUCUAUAACAAGCAUAAAUGAACCAUAUUGUUUUGGUUCAAAUGAUACUUAUGGCAUGUUUUUUGAUAAUAAGAUUGAAUCAGAGGAACAUUUAGUUCAUGAUAUAUCAAUAAACAGUGUGAUGAAUUAUGAGACUGUAUCUGAAAGCCCAUAUGUCAGUGUUGAAGGCAGUAAGACCUUUUUGGCAAGUGGUGAAAGUUGUUUGGGUGAAGCUGCUGAAGAGUCAAGAAAUGGAUUUCAUGGGUUUCAUAGGUGUAAUAUGGCAAAAAGAACACAAGUGGUUGUGAACAAUGAAAACCAUGGUACACAUGUUCCAAAUGGGAAUUCACUUGUCUCUGCACAAAAAACAUCUGCAAACAUGCGAAAAAAUGCAAAGCUCAAAAAGAAUGAUGAAAAGUCUGCUCAUCAAGCUUCAUUACAGUUACAGCUGCAGGAAACAUCUCUAAAAGAUGGUGGCUUGACAGUUCCCCUUUUGAAACACCAGCGGAUUGCUCUGUCAUGGAUGACAAAGAAAGAGACAAAAAGCAGACACUGCUGUGGAGGAAUUCUUGCAGAUGAUCAAGGGCUAGGCAAAACAAUAUCUGCAAUCGCCCUUAUUCUCAAGGAAAGGUCUCCUCCAUUAUCUAUUGAAACAAAAGAGAAACAACAAGAGACUUUGAAUUUAGAUGAUGAAGAAGAAGAUGUUAUUUUGCAUACAAACAACAUAAAAACCAGUCUAGCAGCAGGGACACUUGUCGUUUGCCCUACAAGCGUUCUUCGUCAAUGGAACGAAGAGUUACAGAACAAAGUAACCAACGAAUCCAAUCUCUCUGUUCUCGUCUAUUACGGAGUAAAUAGAACCAAGGAUCCAAUCGAGGUGGCAAAGUACGACGUCGUCCUCACCACAUACGCGAUUGUAUCCAUGGAGGUUCCAAAACAACCGCUGGUUGAAGAAGACGAUCGUCAAACUCAAACAAAGCUCUCACCCAACAAGAAAAGGAAAUAUCCUCCUACCACCUCUGUCGAAAGUUCCAAUUCUGAUUUAAUUAAUCGGCCUCUUGCAAAAUUAAGAUGGUUUAGGGUUAUACUGGAUGAAGCUCAGAGUAUUAAGAAUUACAAAACACAAGUCGCUAGGGCUUGUUGGGGCCUUCGAGCUAAACGCAGGUGGUGUUUAUCCGGAACGCCGAUACAAAACUCCAUUGACGAUCUUUAUAGUUACUUCAGAUUCUUAAGAUACAAUCCGUUUUCUGUAUUCAAAUCGUUCUGUUCCCAAAUCAAAGCCCCAAUUCAAAGGAAUCCGGUAUCUGGAUACAAAAGGUUACAGCUUAUCUUGAAGACGAUUAUGCUUCGACGCACAAAACGUACACUUGUUAAGGGAGAACCGAUUAUCUGUUUGCCGCCAAAAACCAUUACCCUGAAAAAAGUCAACUUCACAGAAGAAGAGCGUGACUUUUACCGCAGUCUGGAGGCUGAAUCACGUGCUCAAUUUGCAAAAUAUGCUGCUGCUGGGACUGUGAAACAAAAUUAUGUAAACAUAUUGUUGAUGCUUCUUCGGUUAAGACAAGCAUGUGAUCAUCCUUUACUUGUUAAAGACUGUAUCCCAAGUACUAACAGGAGAUUGUCUGUUGAAAAAGCAAAAGAGCUUCCAUCUGAAAAACUAAACACUCUUCUUAAAUGUUUGGAAGCUUCUUUAGCGAUUUGUGGAAUAUGUAAUGAUCCACCUGAAGAUGCUGUUGUAACAAGUUGUGAGCAUGUGUUCUGCAAUCAGUGCAUCCUGGAACAUCUUUCAAGUGAUGAUAAUCAAUGUCCAUCUUCAGAUUGCAAAAAUCUCAUUAGUAAAUCUUUGGUUUUUUCUAAAUCAACACUUGAAGUUUCUUCUGGUUCACCAGAAUCUGAGCCUUGUUUGAAGAUUGAACCCAUUAAAGCACUCGAUUCCUCCAAAAUCAAAGCUGCCCUCCAAGUCCUCCAAUCCAUUUCAACACCCAAGGGUAUUUUAGGAAAUGCACCCGUAAAGGAGAAAGCGAUAGUCUUCUCACAAUGGACAAGAAUGCUGGAUUUGCUUGAAGUUUGUCUUAAAGAUUCCUCAAUUGGCUACCGAAGACUGGAUGGUACAAUGUCUGUUGUCGCUCGAGAUAAAGCAGUGAAGGAUUUCAACACUCUACCUGAGGUAAGUGUUAUGAUUAUGUCUUUGAAAGCGGCUAGCCUUGGGUUAAACAUGGUUGCUGCUUGUCAUGUAAUUCUACUGGAUCUUUGGUGGAACCCAACAACCGAAGAUCAAGCAAUCGAUCGAGCUCACCGAAUUGGCCAAACUCGCCCGGUUACAGUUUUACGACUCACCGUUAAAGAUACUGUUGAAGAUCGCAUUUUAGCCCUUCAGGAAAAGAAGAGAAAAAUGGUAGCAUCAGCGUUUGGAGACGAUGAUAAUGGUGGUUCGAAGACGCGUCUCACUGUUGAGGACAUGAGAUAUCUAUUUCAAGCAUAAUUACGGGUAUGUCCUUUGUCUACACCCGGGGAAAGGAAUACACUUAACUUAAAAAAAAACGUUGAUUUUUUGUGAUCUCGCUAGUUUUUUUUUGCGUGUCACCUUUAAUCGACAUUAUUAACAUUGGUUUUUUGGGAUUUUCUUGGAUUCUUGAAAGAAUAUAUAUUGUUUUGGAAGAUGGUGGAUGAUCUAUAGGAGGUUGGUGUAGUCUAUGG